CACCCCCGAGCACCCGGGCCACCAUCACCUCCUCCUUCUUCUGAUCCCCCCGAACGCUUUCUACAGUAUUCAACAAAUUUACCCUCUCCAUAUCCACUUCCAUAAUCAUGCCCAUGUCCACUACAUCAACCUCCACCUCGACAUCACCCAACACCUCACUAUCAGAUCAAGCCUCCCUCACAACCAACCCUCCACACCCAAACUCCCACCCGAACCUACAACUACCACCAUCACCACCCCUCCUCUUCCCCUCCGCGCACCACGAAUCAACCGAACUACUCCAGACCCUCACGCACAUCCGCACGCAGCUCCACCGCGCCUCGCACCUCUACGCCCAAAAGGCAGCGUUUGUUGACGAUUCAGAAAGACAAUGGAUUGAGUCUACGAUUGCAGAUACGGCAGACGCGGUGCAUGCGUUAGCGGUGCUGGUUGAGCCGGUGCGCGUGGAGUGGGGAGUGAGGAAUCAGCCCACUAGUCAUCAUAAUGUCAAGGGGAGGAGUAAGCGGAUGUCAAUGGGUUUGGGGACGCAGUUGAGGUGGGUGUGUAGGGAUGGACAGAGGGCGAAGGUGCAGAGGAGCAGGUUGAUGGUUUGUUAUUCGAGCUUGAUGGUAGUUUUGGAGAGGUUGAUGGGGGUGGGUUGCGAUGAUGGAGGGAAAGGGGUAGUAGGGAGAGGAGGCGGGGAGGUAUUGGGUAUAGAGGAGGUGGAGGUACAGGAGUUGCCUGGGGAGGGUGAGGCGGUUGGUAUUGGCGCUGGCGCUUGUACUGGUGGUGAGGCGAGUUCGGGAGUGAACGUUAUGAAAGGAGGAGGGUUGGGGUUAGAUGUUAAGAAUGAGAUGCGGGAUUUAUUACGCUGGAGGCAGGCAAAGGGAAAUAAUAUUUAG